AUGAGUAUGGAAGAAUGUACUUAUAUUAGACUUGGUAUACUAGCAAUGUCCUCUAUUCUUAUAUGCUUUUAUACCACCUCUUCAACAGAUUUUCUGAUUCUAUUCAGACCAAAAUUUGACACCACCAUGUCCUUCGAGCAAAAAGCGUUUGUCUAUGAGAAAAUGAUACGGGCAUUUCGAAAAAUUGACCACUCAUGUGAAAUGCAAGGGAUGUACUGUAAGCGGCCGGAGACACAACAUGUGGAUUGUGGAAGAGUGUUGCAAGGGGAUAAGGACUACCUCUCCACCCUAACCGGUGGAUCGCGAAUCCCCUUAAUCCCGGACCCUUAUCUCAACAUGACAUGCCCGGCAAUCAACUCCAGGAUCCGCCCACACCAUCUACACUUUGACCCUCUCAAGUUAUCCGGAACAGCUUUCGCCAGAAUUGUGUACACUGAUUAUGAGUUCAUCGAAAAGCAAAUUCAAGUUUCCUACCAUCCACAGAACUAUUUUUGCUUUGCGGUGGACCAAAAAUCACCAGAAGAGUUUCAUGAGAAAAUGAGAAAGCUGUCAGAGUGUCUACCAAAUGUUAUAGUGUUGCCUGCCACCGAGUCCUAUGACAGCGAAGGUCACAACAACAACUUGGCACACUAUAAAUGCAUGCAGGAACUAAUCUCCCGACCCGGUUGGAGUUAUCUAAUGCUUCUUCAACAACACGACGUUAUCACAAAAUCAGUAUAUGAACUAGAUCGAAUCUUUGAGCUUCUCGAUGGAGCCAACGAUCUGUGGAUGGCUAAAGAGAUUGCAAAAAGGAGAAAUAAGAAGUUGAAAUGGACACCAAGAGAGUUGAGAAUGUUUGGGAAUGACUCUGCUAUCAGCAAGGAGGUGUUGGAUUCUGAGCUGAAAUUCUCAACAGGAUAUGUUCAAGGAAGUCUUUCAAGAGAUACUGUAGAGUGGAUGGUGCGAAAAGUUGAUCUUUCGGUUUUCAUAGAUCAGUGGAAUCAAUCAAAAUACGGUGGCGAUGAGCAAUAUCUCACUAGCUUGAAUAUCAAUCCGGCUCUCGGAAUGCCAGGACACUUCACUGAUGAAUGUCUGAAACAGGAUGUUCCAGUUCCGGGAAUCACAAGGCACAGAAUCCAUGCAUCAUAA